AUGUUUAGGAAACAAGAGUUGGAAAAGGCCAGAGAGGAACUGAGUAAAAGACUCUUCAGCGAUCAACUUAGCGAAUUCGACAAGGUGGAAGACAGGACGACGGCAAAGUUGAAGAAUAUCGCAUACGACACGUCAAUAUUUACAGAUAAAUCUAACACACAGCCGUAUUUAUCUGAACAAGCACACAUAGAACGAGGACAGCAUCAAGAACAACAGAAAGCACACAUAGAACGAGGACGCGAUCACGAGCAACAGAAAGCUGGUGGUGAAAAGUAUGAUAGUGAAGGGUUGAAUAAGGGAAAGUUGGAAAGUGAGGAGAAAGUUAGUAAGAGAAGCAAAGUGGUUAAGGUCGAUGGUGGAUUGGAUGAAUUUAUUGAUUCGAUUCACGAAGAGAAAGAAAAUGAAAAUGAAAAACACGUCAAAGAGAUGUUCGUAACAAGACCCGAAGAUGAAAAUUACAUAGAAGAUUCAGAAGAUGAAAAGGGGAAAGGAGACGAUAAAAAGAGUAGAAUGGCAGGUUGGGGGUCAUGGACAGGAUACGGGAUGGAAAGUGAAGUAAAAAAGGACACAGAGAAGGGGAAGGAGGAGGAGGAGGAAAAGGGGAAGCACAAAAAACCACGAGUUAAGGUGUCGAAGAGGAAGGACCCGAAGCUGUCGAAGUACUACAUACACAACGUAAGUUUCCACUUGAAGCAUAAGAAAUCGUAG